AUGCUUUGCACUUGGCUUAUUCUUUUUCAUUUGCUGAAGCUUGGUUACUCUAAUGAUGAAGAUAUUGAAGUCUGUGUGAAGGAAGUUGGCGAACCGAAGAAAAAGCGUCCAACUGUAGAUCCGAGUCACUGUUACGAUGCGAAACCAGAAGUGUGUAUAGCCUUAUUUAAGAAACAAGAUCAAACUUUCGCAAAUAAUCCAAAGCCGUAA